AUGCCCAUCCCAUCUCCCAGACCAGAUUUCGAUCUCCUUGAGGAUGAGGACAGUGCUUGUUCUUUAAAGUGGAUUUCAAACUCCAUCAAUCAAUCGAUCAGUGGUCUCACCCUGGGCUCGGAGAUCGUUGGGGGCCGCAACACUGUUCCCCACUCGCGCCCCUACAUCGCCUCCAUGCAGCGGAACCGCGGGGGCCACUUCUGUGGGGGGACUCUCAUCCACCAGCAAUUUGUGAUGACGGCCGCGCACUGCAUCAAUAGCAGGAACGCCAGGUUAGUUCGGGUGGUGCUGGGAGCCCACAACCUGAGGGCCCAAGAGUCCACCCGGCAGACAUUCUCUGUUGACCAGAUAUUUGAGAAUGGCUUCAGCCCACAGACCCUGCAGAAUGACAUCCUGUUGGUGAAGCUGAGCCGCCCAGCCACCCUGAAUGCCAACGUCCAGGUGGCCCAGCUCCCACAGCAGAACCAGAAUGUGGGCAGGGGGACCCAGUGCCUGGCCAUGGGCUGGGGCCAAAGGGGCAGUAAUGGCCCCCCAGCCUAUAUUCUUCAGGAGCUCAACGUCACCGUGGUAACCAACCAAUGCCGCCAGAGCAAUGUCUGCACCCUGGUGUCAGGACGUCAGGCAGGCAUUUGCUUCGGGGAUUCUGGAGGCCCGCUGGUGUGCAAUGGGAUAGUCCACGGUAUUGACUCAUUCAUCCGUGGUGGCUGCGCCUCCGGCAUCUGGCCCGACAGCUUUGCCCGUGUGGCCCAGUACCUCCAGUGGAUCAACUCUGUCCUGCGCAGGCACACGGAGAGCCAGAGGCCCCAGCUGCCCCAUCCCUCAGGCACUGAGCCCCUCUGAGGAUGCCAUCCUGCCCGAAGGCACCGGCUCCGUGGGGGGCGAUGGGGGUCUGUGCCUGACCAGAUUCUCAGCUGGGGGUAAAGCCAUUGUUCCCACCCCCGUGGCCGUCAAGGCUCCCACAAGACCCGAAAGCUUCCGAGUGGGACUGGAAAGAGCCGAUUGGGGUCUGCAUCUGACCUGUCAGCCUCUCUUGAGCUCUGUCCCGCUUGCCUCCCUCAUCCAGAAGCCUGGCCCCCUUUUUCUACCCUGCACUCAUAUUCCGAAGUUGCCAGCUUCCUAACACACCUACCCCCAACCGGACCCAGGAUUUAGAGACCUGCAGAUGCCAAACCUUUAUCGACUCCAACUUCUACCAGAACUUGAAACUCCAUCUAACUGUUCCCUGCACUCCCUCCCCCACUCAGCCUUGGUUCUCCAGAGCACCAGGAACAUCUAAGUCCAAACUCUCAGUCCAUCUCAUUUCCCUCCAUUUCCCUGCUGCCUUCAUGGACCCUGUC